AUGGCCUCCGCAAGGCAACGAACCCCGACCUUCACAGCAACCCCGGCCACAAUCAUACAAGAUACCAAAUCUCUAAUCGAGCGUGCCCGCGAAAGCCAAAACCAGAUUAAAAGGAACAUACAGUGCAACGCCGCAACAUUCAACAAUGCCAUUCUACCCAUGGCUCACAUGGACAACGCUCUGGCUUCUAAGUCCCAUAUUCUUGUUUUCUAUAGAGCGGUAUCAACCAAUCCCGAACUGCAGAAUGCGUCCAUCGAGGCCCGGAAUCUGCUAGAUUGCUACAAUGUCGAGACGAUGAUGGAUUAUGGUUUGUUUGCACUGGUUGACGCUGUCUUUCACAAAAAUGAAGAGUUGGAUCUAGAAUCCUAUCGCCUGCUGAAGAAGAUUUAUACGGGUUACGUUCGGCAUGGGCUGAGAUUCUCGGCUGGUUACCAGAGGGAUCGAUUUCAGGAAAUUCAGUCGCGGCUUAGUUGGAUCAAGUCUGAGUUUCAGAGAAAUUUAGUUGAGGCGAAUAGUGCGGGUAUCUGGUUCUCAGUGGAAGAGUUGGAUGGAUUGCCGGAGGCUUUUCUAUCUACGUUAUUCAGAGGAAAGAUAGGAGAGGUGAAUGACGGCAAGGUUCGAGUAACGUUUAAUGAUGCAGACCUCUUUAAAACGUUGAGGUAUGCGAGCGACAGUGACACGCGGAGACGCAUCUAUAUCGCCAACGAGAAUAAAUGUGAACAGAAUGUGUCCCUUUUCAGGGAGGCUAUACUGCUUCGUGAUGAAGCGGCUCGUUUGCUUGGAUAUCCUAGUCAUGCUGCUUUGCGGAUUGAAGAUAAAAUGGCGAAGUCUCCAGAAACUAGAAAAAAUGGUCAGAAAGAAGUCCAGAAGCUAAAGCAGCUUAAGCGUGCCGACCUUAAGUCCCGGGGAGAAUUAUUUGAUGGCCGGUAUUUCCUGUGGGAUCAUCAAUACUAUCAUCGAAUGAUGUUGGAGAAGCAGUACUCGGUGCACCAACAGAAGAUUGCGGAAUAUUUCCCUUUUCUAAGCACUAUUGUCGGUGUGCUGAGGAUCUGCGAGACUUUAUUUGGUCUGGUUUUCAGUGAGUUGAGCAGAGACGAGACAACGAAGCUAGCUGGCCCUGGAGAUGCACCUGUCUGGCAUCAAGAUGCGCAGGUCUUUAGCGUCUGGAACAGUGACGAGGACGGUGGUUUUGUCGGGUAUCUCUAUAUGGAUCUUUUCCUUCGGGAAGGUAAAUAUGCAAAUGCAGCCAAUUUCAACCUAAUACCCGGAUUUAUCCAAGAAAGCGGUACACGCCAAUAUCCUGCCACAGCAUUGGUGUGCAACUUCUCUAAGCCUAGUUCUGAAGCCCCCUGUCUUAUGCGGCACGACGAACUUGUUACAUUAUUUCACGAACUGGGCCAUGCAAUCCAUGACCUUGUGUCGAAGACAACCUACUCGCAUUUUCACGGUACAGAGACAGAAGUCGACUUUGGUGAAGCCCCUAGUCAGAUGCUGGAGAACUGGUGCUGGACACCAUCAGCACUGCGGUUAUUAAGCAGACACUAUUCAUACUUUUCCUCGGGGUAUUUUGACCAUUGGAAAGAACGAGUAGAUGGGGAAUCUCAGCCUCAAGAGCAAAUGCCUGACGCAAUGAUCGAGAGCAUUGUCCGAGCCAAACACGUAAACGGUGCACUGUUCCAUCUGCGCCAGCUGCAUUUUUCUAUCUUUGAUAUGAUAGUCCACGAGCCUGACAAUCACCACACGAUCAAGGAGUUAGACAUCUCAGCAAAAUAUAAUAACCUCCUGGCUAAGAUUCUACCAAUGGACGGCCCAGAGGGUGAUGGCUGGGGCCAUGGUCAAUCACGUUUUCAACACUUGCUGGGGGAGUAUGAUGCAGGGUACUACAGUUAUUUGUUCUCGAAAGUCUAUGCCACAGAUAUGUUCUAUACCGUGUUCAAAUCCGACCCAAUGAACUAUCUAGAGGGUCGGAGAUAUCGAUAUACUGUCCUUGAGAAGGGAGGGAGCAUGGACGCGGUGAAGAUUUUGACUGACCUCUUGGGGCGCGAACCCCGAAAAGAUGCCUUCUACAAGGAGCUUUGUCAAGAUUGA